ACCUUCCCAGCAUUGACACAGGAACUAUCCCCUCGCUCAUAGAACCCAUAGAGCCCUGUUCUUCUUCUACAGCCCCUGGCUCAGACUGCUCACUCACCCACAGGUGAGUUUUCUGAGAAAUGGAGCAGACCAGAGUCGACUCUCAGUCUGGUUGUCUGGGAUCUGUGAAGUAUCAGAAGCUACUUCUCCAGGAGUCUGGAUCUGAGGAAGAGGAGGAGGAGGAGGAUGAAACGGAGUCUGGAUCUCAGGAAGAGGAAGAGGGGGAGGAUGACAUGAAGACCGUGCUAAUUCUAGACCCAGGUCACCCAAGGGCUCUACAAGCAAAUCCUGCACAAAACUGGCAAAGCAGGCUUAAGGCCUGGGCCGGGAUCCUCUCAGCCCUCCUGCUGCUUGGACUAAGUUUCUACUUAGCUGCCAGACAACUGCGGCCUAGGGGGGCCUCCAACCAGGACCAGGAAAUGGCAGCUUCUAAGAUCCAGAGCCUUGAUCAUCACCCAUCUGGACACCACCACAAUCCUGGCAUAUAUCCUCAUGGAGUGGUCAUCAGUGAGUCAGACACGUGUUCCAUCCUAGGGAGGGACCUGCUGCUGGCUGGAGGGAAUGUGGUGGAUGCAGGUGUGGGUACUGCCCUCUGCCUGGCAUUAGUACAUCCCCAUGAAACAGGAUUAGGUGCUGUGUUCUGGGCCCUCUUCCAUAAUAGUUCGUCCAAUCAAACAAUGGCCCUGACACCAGCUCCAGCCCAGGCUCUGGCCCCUGGCCUGGGGAUGCCGGGGGCUCUGCCUGCCCUCCACCUUCUGCAUCGAAACCUAGGCCAUCUGCCCUGGUCCCGGCUGCUGGCUGCUACCAUUGCCCUGGCCCAAGAUGGAUUCUCCAUAGACCAAGCCCUGGCAGAGGCGCUGGCUGAACAGGAUGCAGCCGGCCAGGCCACAGGCCUCUGCCCGCUCCUGUGCCACCCCAAUGGGACUGUGCUGGGCCAGGGCACCCGUGUAACCAACCUGGGCCUGGCUGCCGUACUCCAGAGAGCUGCCCAGGCCCCUGAGACUGAUGAUCAGUUUCUGAGCGCUCUGCUUCACCCCCUGGCAGAGGACCUGCUCCUAAAAGAGCCCCUGAAGGGCAUCAUGCCCACUCUGGAGCCAGCCCUGCGGCUUGCAUUGCCCCAAGGCCUGCUGUUUACCACCCCAAGUCCCACAGCUGGUGAGCUACUGCUAAAGGUACUGAGGAACCCCCUGCAGGCAGGGGGGCUGACCUCUGACCCCUGCCCUGGGUUCCUGGCAGCUGCCCAGGAUGCAUACUCCGGGGUCACUCCUGCAGCCCCUGUAGGCAGCAUCCUGGCAGCCAUGGACAGUGAGGGCUCUGUGCUCCUCCUUGUCUCCUCCCUCAACAGCACCUUUGGCUCUGGGUGGCUCUCGCCCUCCACAGGUAUCCUCCUGAGUGACUUCAUGGGAGGUUCCCAAAUCGCCAGCUGGGCCUGCCCUGCCCUGCUGUGCUGCGGUCCUGAGGUUGAUGUGCUAGCGCUGGCAGCUUCCGGAGGGUCUUCUGCACCCCUGGCCGUGGCUAAAACCCUGCUCAGCUACCUGGCUCUCCAGCAGCCCCUGCCCGAUGCCGUCACUCAGCCCCAGCUGCAGAUUCAGCUUAGCUCCACUGGGGCCCCUCGGAGCUGCAGGACGACCCCUCCUAAAACAGGGGCUCCCAACCCUGAGGCCCUGCUCCUAGUGACCACCCAUGCUGAACAUGUCAGGGCCACAGGUGUCCCCGCCAGCUGCUACCCUUCUCGUGGGCAUUAGCCUGGAGGUAGUCAUGCCCUGCCUCACAGGUUCUUCUGGGGAGCGGGGGUAACUCCAGAUCUCAGAAUGGGUUGUGAAAGCUGUAACUCAGAAAGUCCCAUUCUGAGAGCUGGCCAGAGAUGGGUGGGGCCACUGUCAAGCUCCGACCUCCAGAGAGUGUGAGGGAACUAUUGCUUCUCCUCCAUGUGUGGGUGGCUAUGUUGAAAUCCCUAAGGAUUUGUGACAUUGGAUGGCCUGUUCCGUUAAGGAACAGAUGCCUGUAAGAAGUCACAGGGACUAUAGCUGUCCUAUCAUAGGAAGUGGCUAGCGUAGCACAGUGCAUAGAGCCUCAGCCUCAAGUCAAGAAGACUUGAGUUCAAAUCUAGCCUUAGACGAAUGGGGAUAAC